UUUUAACGGAAGAGCGCGUAAAUAGCAUUCUUAACUCUUUCAUGUGGCCGCUCAGUUUUACUUCAAUUUGAAGGGACUUAUUCGCUUUUGACGUUUGACAAUCUUCUACAUAUAUUUCUUAACAUGGCCUACAAAAGUUGUGAACAAAUUUACGAGCAAAUAGUUAGACAUAUUAACGAAGAAGAUGAGCCUUCCAAUUUGGACGAAGAUAAUCUUAACAAUAAAAGUCUUCCGAAGGAAAUAUUUGAAAAAGAAGACAUCCCUGUUUCUAGGAAACUCAAUUUUUCUGGCUUGGAAAGUAUAAUUGACCAUGAGCAGAUCCAGCAAAGGCCACUAACACAACUCUUAACAGAGUAUGAAGAUGUAAAUCGUGGGCUGCAAGUUUUAUUUGAGCAUUACCAGAGAGAGCAUAUUUAUCUUAAAAAUGAAAGCGUCUCGUUGACCAAAGAGAACGAAAGAUUAUCGAAUCGACUAAAGCAAGAACUGGAAAGUGACAUAAAAAGCCACGACGCGACCGAAGAGGCGAAUUUAAAACAGCAACUGCAACUUGCCCUACACGAAAAAGAGGUCGUUUUAGAUCUCUGGCGAUUAGCGGUCAGCGAAGUUUCAAAUUUAGAAAAAGUUAUAAAAAUUCUGCAAGAGCAGAAAGACGUUUCCUUCAACAGUUCCUCACACAAUAUCGAGACUCGGUUGGAAAAGGCGCGGGCCAACAGUGUGGCCGAGUCACAAUUGACGGAGGCGCGCACCUUGUUGGUGAAAGAACGAAUGCAGAGGUCGGAACUGGAAGGCGAGUUGUCCAAGGAGCGCGAAACGAGGCAGGCCCUGAACCAGCAGUUGGCCCUGGCGCUGGGCCAGGUGCAGGAACUGGAGCAGGACAAGCAAAUCCGGCAGGACGAGGAGCGCCGAGUGGCGCAGCGAGUGUCCAGCCUGAGCAGGGAGCGGGACGAUCUGCAGAGGGCGCUCGACCGACUGCAGGGACAACUCAAGGAGAUGCGCAUGCAGGCCGAGGAGGGCCAAUCCAAGGUGGCCGACGCACUCACCCUUGUCGACUCGGCCUGCGUCAACCGCGAUCAGACCGUCUUUGAACUGGCCAAAGCCAAAGAGGAAAUUUUGAGACUUGAAAACGCUUUGAAGGAUUUGACGCAAGACGCGAAGCAGCAGGUGAAACGGGAAGUGGAGCAGGUGAAGCAGCAGUGCAACCUGCACGUCAAGAGUAUUUUGGCUGACGUGAAAAAAAGCCAAGAGGAGGGAUCAGAGUACAAGAACAAGGCUGAAAAGGCGAUGUACUCGCAAAAACAGGCCGAGCAGCUUGUCGAGCAGAAAGCGCAAGAGUUGUACUCGAUCAGGUCAAGAGAGUCGUCCCUCGAGCCGAAACUCCACGCCGUCCAGGCGCAGCUCAGGGACAUGGAAAAGAGGUGCAGCGUGGCUGAAAGGAAGGCACAGCUUGUGCAGCAGAAUUACGCCGAAGAAAGCGACAGAUGGCGGAUGAAUGAGCUCAGGGUUACGGAGACAUGCAAAAUUCUGGAGAAACAGGUGUCCUCUUUGGCGCUCGAGCUUGAGCACUCCAAAGUUAGAGAGUCAAAUUUAGCCAAAGACCUGAGCCUCCGGGAGCAGCAGUUUGCAUGGAGGGUCAAGGAAAUGGAGAAAAGCACCAAGGCAACUACGCAGGAGCUGAGCGCCAUAAUUUCCUCUCACCAAAAAAUAAGCGAAAAGAGCAAAUCAGAAAUGCGACAAAUGGCUGAGAAGUUCAGCCACAGGUUGAAGGAGCUGAGGUUCGAGCUAGGCCGAUUGAGAGAGGAGCGCGAUGAGGCCGUCCAACAACUCCAACAAAGUACAAAAAUUUCCCGGAACAACACGCCCCAAAUCACACCGAGGCCAAAAUCUCUAUUUAUGGAUGUCUGAUUUUUUUUUUAAUUAUUGAAUAAAGUUUGUAAAUUUCAAGU